AUGCGAACACCGGUCCGCCCUCGCUUUCCUCCACCCAUCAUCAAAUUCGCCGAGCGAGAUGAUAUCCCAGAAUUGGUCCGCGUCUGGCUCGCUGCCGAAAGAACCAAUCUUCUCAUGUUCUAUCACUUUCCCACCGAAGAAAGCAGAUCCGAAUAUGCCAGGGAAGUAAUCAAACAAUUCGAAGAUAACUUUGAUCAGCCGCAUCUUCUCAUCUUGAAAGCUGUGGAUCCUGAGACGAAGCAGAUCGCAGCUAUGGCCGUUUGGCAGAAGAUGGGAUACAAAGAUUGUGCUCGGUCGGAUGGAUUGUUCGCAGCUGCUGGGCUCAUGUUGAAUGGAACGCUAGAGAGUAGCCGUGACGGUUUCACUCCAAAUUCUGUAACACAGUCGCUGGAACGGUAUAUUGCAACCCAAUUCGAGCAAUUCCUGGCUUCAUGGAGUCGAGAUUCAAAACAUCUGUACCUCGCACUCCUCAUGACCGAUCCUCGGUUUCAGCGAAGAGGUAUCGGGACAGCCAUGUUAGAAUGGGGCCAUGAACAUGCCGAUGAAGCUGGAAUCCCGGCGUUUCUGAUUGCUUCUCCGGUUGGACAUCCACUAUACCAACAUGUGGGCUGGAAAGACGUCGAUACGUCGUUGGAGAUCGACAUGUCACAAUGGGCAGGCAGGGCGCAGGGCCACGACAUGGGCUGGGGAGUAUACAAGUACUAUUAUAUGCUACGCAUGCCAAAGACGGCUGCCAGUUGA